GGGGUGGCUGUUGGGCGUACAGAGGCGAGGGAGCGGCGGGAGAGCGCCGGCUUCGCAACAUGGAGCGGUACGAGAAGCUGAGCAAGGUCGGGGAGGGCUCCUACGGCGUCGUCUUCAAGUGCCGCAACAAGGACACCGGUCAGAUCGUGGCCAUCAAGAAGUUCCUUGAGUCCGAGGAGGACCCAGUGAUCAGGAAGAUCGCCCUGCGGGAGAUCCGCAUACUGAAGCAACUGAAACACCCCAAUCUGGUGAACCUGCUGGAAGUGUUCAAGAGGAAACGCAGGCUGCAUCUGGUCUUCGAAUACUGCGACCACACAGUUCUCCAUGAGCUGGACAAGCACCCCCAGGGGGUGCCGGAACAUCUAGUGAAGAGCAUAAUCUGGCAGACCCUCCAAGCUGUGAACUUCUGCCAUAAACACAAUUGCAUCCACCGAGAUGUAAAGCCAGAAAACAUCUUGAUAACAAAGCACUCGGUCGUCAAACUUUGUGACUUUGGAUUUGCUCGCAUACUGACUGGUCCGAGUGAUUAUUACACAGACUAUGUGGCUACCAGGUGGUACCGCUCUCCGGAGUUACUUGUGGGAGACAACCAGUACGGGCCUCCCGUGGACGUGUGGGCAAUAGGUUGCGUCUUUGCAGAGUUGCUGUCUGGGGUCCCCCUGUGGCCUGGCAAGUCUGACGUUGACCAGCUGUACCUCAUCCGGAGAACCCUGGGGGAUCUUAUUCCCAGGCACCAGCAAGUGUUCAGCACCAACCAGUUCUUCAGUGGGAUAAGAAUUCCAGACCCAGAAAGCAUGGAGCCAUUAGAAAUGAAAUUCCCUCGUAUUUCAUACUCUGCUCUAGCUCUCAUGAAGAGUUGCCUUCGUAUGGACCCUGCAGAGAGGCAGACCUGUGAGCAGCUGCUGCAGCACCCCUACUUCAACAGCAUAAGGGAAGCAGCGGAUCUAGGCAAAGAACAUGGAAAAAUGGCUCGGAAACCAGCUCGGCUGACUCAAAAGCAUGUGCCAGGGUUACAGUACCUGCCUCAGUUAACCAGCAGUAACGUACUACCAGCGUUGGACACCAAGAAGUACUGCUGCAAAACGAGAAAAUCAAACUAUCAUUUCCCUAACAUCUAAUUGGAUGGCAAAUUAAAAACUAUUCAUUGAUCAAAGUUCAAGUAAUUUCACAAUUUAUAAAAGGAAUAAUGGUGGAAAACAAAAUUACUGCUUGUUAGGACAUACGCAGAAGUGGUCUGUGACGUACUCUGGGUCAGUAACGGAAGUGAUACACAGAGAGAAUUCCAAGCUCCUGUUAGUCAGUGCUCUGCGUACCAAGGAAGAUACAAUUAAUUUGCUUUAAUUCGUGGUUGUGUACCAGUUUGUGGUUGUGAGACAGUUCAGGAUCACUGCAAUCCAGUGCUUGCAGUGCAAGCUUAAAACCUUUUGCCUGUUCAUCCCCGUAUUUCAGACCUCUCAGCAGAGCUGCAGCCUUGUCAAAGCAAUCAGAGUCCAGCUGUGUCAAAGCAGUAACACUGCUUUGGAGUCACUGAUCCCAUGAGGAACUGUAAAUGCCUUGGUGAUGGGAGCAGAGGAGGGGACGGGUGGUGUAGGGGGGCCAAGCCUGGUGGGAGGCUGCCUGACCGGUCAAGUAAGUUCCAAACCUGCUGAAGUAGCAGGGGUCUAAAGAAGUGUCUGUCUUUCCUACCACAUUUAAAGAUCACGCAGUAAUAAACGUACUGGUAAUGACUCAGACCUAGUGUAAGGUUCAGUGGGCACUGUUACCAGGAGAACGUAGAAACAAUACAACCUGUUGUUUAUUUAGUCUUUUCAGAGCUUCUCCUGUGUGUUUCUUCCUUGCAUUAGGAGCUCAUUUUUAUUUGCUGUUUCCAUCAGCAGCAAAAUCACUUGCCUGUAGUGUUACAGAAAUCAUUUUUUUGUCAAAACUAAUUCAUGAAUAUCAUUUAUAACACUGGCUAGACGCAGGAAGGAAUUCUGCCUAAGCAAGAUGUAUUAGAAUGAUUUGUAAGUUUUGUGUAAUCUUAGGACAUACUAUUGUGUUGAUUUUGAAUAAAUGUAGUUUGUUUUGCCCAUUUA